GUGGUUUUAGGGUAUGGGCCGGCCAUAUAUGGUCCCCAUCCAAUUACUCCAUCUUAUAUACAUGCCUGGGUAACUGGGUUAGCUCGGAACCAAUCUUGAAAUUAUCGUGGGAUUUAAUGGAGUCCUCCAGAAUCUCUCUCCGACCAUUCAACCUUUCCGAUGUGGAGGACUUCAUGUCAUGGGCUGGUGAUGAUAGAGUAACGCGCUAUGUAAGAUGGAACACCAUCACCUCUAGGGAAGAGGCCUUCAAGUAUCUGAAGGAGGUGGCUAUACCCCACCCCUGGCGUCGAUCCAUAUGUUUGGACGACCGGUCCAUCGGAUACAUUUCUGUGAAGCCUGAAUCAGGCGACGACAGAUGCAGAGCACACAUAGGGUAUGCGCUGGGCUGGGAGUACUGGGGACAAGGGAUAGUCACAGUGGCAUUGAAGAUGGCUCUCUCUAUUGUGUUCAAGGAAUUCCCAGAUUUGGUGAGGGUGCAAGCCUUGGUAGAAGUAGAAAAUAAGGGGUCCCAAAGGGUGCUAGAGAAGGUCGGGUUCCUGAAGGAAGGGUUGCUGAGGAAGUAUGGGUUUAAUAAAGGUGAGGUUAGAGACAUUUUCAUCUAUGGCUUCCUGUCCACCGACCCAAUUCCUGAUUGAUGUGGCCUUUACAAAAAUCCUCAUUCUUCUGCCUAAAGAGUAUGAAUGGGGUAGACAGAAUAUUUUUUUCAGUCUUCUAUUCAGUUUUGCUUGUGCCUGUGGCAUGUAACGUGUUACAUUUUCUUUUCCUGUUCUUGUUUUCUCGAACAACAUUAGUCCAAGUGAGCCUGGUGGAGUCAAGGUCUAGAUUCUUUUAGCCCAAUCUGAGCCCACAUUGGAUAGAACUAUUGAAAUUACAGGGUAGAUGUUCAGUAUUACAAAGGGCCAGUGACAAAGGCUGUGUGGUCAAUGAUCUGGGCCUGAAACAGCCCAAGCCCAACGUCUGAGUUAGGGGUGUAGAGGACUAGAUUUCUAUCCCUAUAGUAGGCAAAGUUGUGGGUAUUGUUCCACCAUGGGAGUUAAGAUAAGAAAAGACGUGAUGACGUAUCCCCUUGGCAAAAUUGGUAUUGAUUGAUAUUGUUACUAAAGAAGAUAAAAAUGGAAGUCUCAAUAGAGAUAUUUGAGGAUGAAGAGGACAUUCAAAAUUGGUUAAGUGAAAUUAGUUUGAAGGUAUUCAACUAUUUUGCUUCCAACAAGGGUGUUUUGGUACCAUGUAAACAAAUUCAAAAGUGAAUGGUAUUAAGGUUGUGUA